AUCAUUCUUCCCAAGAUGGCGUCAAUCCACCUGUUCCUCCGGUGGUGACAAUUCUUCCAGUUUCUUGACAAAACACGAAAACUAAACUCGCAUUUUAACGACGGGCGGCGCAGUUUAACAGCUGGACUGAACUUCACCGUGGAUAAUGUCCACGGAGGAGCUGUCGGCGUCGGACAGCGAGGCUGUCUUAGCCGGCGCUGGGGAGCGAUGGGCACCGGUGGGCGCCGUGGCCAGUCCCGAGGAUGAGAGCGGGAGCGGCAGCGCAGUACAUCCGAAGCAGAGAGGCUCGUCCUCGGCCAGCGACGAGGAAAUGGCCUCCAAGCUGCGGAGGCUGGAAGAGGAGCAGGAGCAGCUGAACUCCUCUCUGCUCGCCCUCACCUCCCACUUCGCGCAGGUUCAGUUUCGACUCAAGCAGAUCGUCCACGCCCAGAGCGACGAGAAGGACAGGAUGCUGGCGGAGCUGGAGGAGUUCGCCUUCCGAGGCUGUCCUCAUGUGGUGGGCUGCAGGGCUCAGGACGCCAAACAGCUGCUGGAGAACUCGGUGGAUCUGACCGAGCGGGAGAAGAGGGAGCGUCUGGAGGCUCAGAGGGAGAAACAGAAGGACCUCAUUCUCCAGCUGAAGACGCAGCUGGACGACCUGGAGCGCUUCGCCUACCAGGAGGGCAGCUACGACUCGCUGCCGCAGUCGGUCGUCAUGGAGAGGCAGAAGGUCAUCAUCGACGAGCUGAUCAAAAAGCUGGACGUGAACCUGAACGAGGACAUCGGGAACCUGACGCCGGAGGAGCUGAGGCAGAGAGUCGACGGUGCCAUCGCUCAGAUCGUGAACCCGGUGAGGGUCAAAGAGCAGCUGGUGGAGCAGCUGAAAACCCAGAUCAGGGACCUGGAGAUGUUCAUCAACUUCAUCCAGGACGAGGUGGGGAAUCCUCUCUUGUCGGACGUUGGACACGACCAGCAGCCGCAGGCAGCAGGAUCCAGCGCCAGAACUCCAGGACUGAAGAAGAAAGUGGACCCUGAACAGGCCCAGAGGAUACGCGAGACCGGCCUGCAGCUCAUCCAGAAGGCCCUCGCUGUGCUGCAGAUCUUCGCCGCGAGUCAGUUCGGCUGUGCGGCGGGGCGCGUCCCCUCGAGCAUGUGGCCUCAGGAGCCCACAGUGAGGGACUACGGGCCCCUGCUGCAGCGCCUGGAGGCGGCCGUGGACAGAGUGCGGGUGCUGGGCUCGUGCAGGCAUCAGCCCGUCGAACACAUCGUCAACUACACCAGCAACGCGGCCCUCGGGCCCCGUGACGAGCUGACGACGGCCGUGAGGAAGGAGCUGGCGAUCGCUCUGAAGGACUUGUUGUCUCACGGCCUCUUUGCGCCCUCUCAGACCAUGAGCCUAGUGCUGGCUCCCAUUUCCUGUCUGCUGCCGUACAGACCAGAGACACAGACCAUGCACCCGUGGGAGCUCUUUGUCAAAUACUACCACUCCAAAAAUGGGAAGGCCUUUGUGGAGACGCCGGCCCGGCAGCUCUCACAGUCCUUCAGACUGCCUGUAGGGGGCGGCCCAGUGACUAUCACCCCUAAGCAGUCGCUGCUGUGGGCCGUCCACACCGUGCUGAAGGAGCACGGACGCUACAAGCGGGGGCCGGACACAGAGUUCAAAGCGCUGGUGUGCAUGGCUCUGAACGAGCAGCGGCUGGUGUCGUGGCUCAACCUGCUGUGUAAGUCGGGGACGCUGAUCCACCCGCACUACCAGGCCUGGAGCUACAUGGCACAGACCGGCUUCGAGGGAGCCCUGCGCAUCCUGGGCCGCAUCAGCCACCUCAAGUUCCGCCUCCCCGUGGACCUGGCUGUCCGGCAGCUGAAGAACAUCAAGGACGCUUUCUGAGGAGCGCUUUAUCGGCGGGAGAACCACGCGACGCUUACUGUACCUGCAUGUGUUUGUACUUCAAGUAGGUCACGUUUUAAAGGUCAUUUAAGCAGCCGUCAAAUCUAUAGUCCAAGACAAUAAUUACUCCGACUAAGAUGUCAUUAUGAUAACUGCAAAACAUUUGCUUUAAAGUUUUGUUUUUAGAUCGUGUUCAUACAAAUACAGAGGAAACAGAUGAACUAACGCAACUCAUAUUUCAAAAUAUGUUACUGAUAUUUAAAUAGGAGAAAAUAUGAGACGUAAAACGCGACUUUCAGUAUUUUAGGGCAAAAUUACAUGUCGCUACUUGGGCUCACAGACACGAGAUGAUGAGAGAAAUUUCGUAUUGUGAUAGUCUCGACCGAAAUAACUGCAAUUCAUGAUGUUACUGUGAUGGUUUUAAAAAUCUGCUUUAAACUUUAUCUAAAGCCAACAGCAAUUCAACGAUAUAAACAUUUCUUUAUCGUGAUUUACGAUAUUACUGCGAUGCUAAUAAAAAAAAUGCUUUAAACUUUUACAGUGGCUAUAAAACGCGUUUUUUUACUCAUAUCCAUUAGCUUUCAUGAUGUGGACAAGUUACCACUAACGAUGAAACAGAUUAAGUAAUUCUACAAUUGUUUAAAAGAAAAAACGUGAAUUACGUUGCCAAACCAAAUGUCGCGCUACAAAAAAACCUACAACUUUCAGUGUUAGGGGGCGGAGCUUUGACCACCUCGUGGCCACACCUGUUGCAUUGUUGCUGCUGUUGCUAAUGUGUGUGGGACAAUGCGAAAAACUCAACGUCAGGAUUAUUAUCGUAAACUGAAAUUUGUGCUAUUAUUGUUAUAAGUGUAAAAAAAAAAAUCUGAUUUUAAUCCAAAAACACUGAAAUCACUUUACCUUUCAUUUGUUUUUUCUUUUCUGUUUAUUCAUCUAACGCUACUAAAAAUAGGUUUCUGAGGUCUCAAACUCGUGGCUCACAGGCCACAUGCAGCCCCUGUUUUUUAUUAACAGAUUGAUUUUGCGUCAUAAAUGUUGAAUUUUGAACUAUAGCGUUAUAUUGUUCCAUUGCAAAACAACCGCUUUUAUUUUGAAAUAUCUUCACAAAUAUUGUUUUAGGCAAUGUCACGAUGGAAUAUCUUGAUGUAGUUUUAAACUCCCAUCUUUACUAAACCAUUCAGUUUAGUGGCCUUCAGGUCAUUUGGGGUUUGAGAACCCUGGUUUUCUCAUCACUUUAAAGUCGAUUAGGGCUGCAACUAACGAUUCUUUUCAUAAUCGAUUAGUCGAGAAAUCGUUUGGUCCAUAAAACGUCCGCUGAAAAAUCACAAAACUUGUUUCAAUUCCUUUAAAACACUCAAAUUAAUCGAUUGUCGAUUAAUAAUCUAGUAAUUGUUUAAGCUCUAAAGUCGAUAAAACAUUUAAUCAAUGCAGCUCUGUUUACAAUAGCACAUUAUUUUGGACAAUUCUACAGCCGUUAAAUCAAAAUAAAUCCAGGCGGCCUGAAUAUCAUGCUGGUCAUGGUUAAUGGACUAAACAACUACAAAAAUGAUGGACAGACAGAAAAGAAGUGUUUGCUGCAGCCCUAAUACACACUACGGUAAUAUACUGUAGAAACUUUCAACAUAAAUUACUGCAAGAAAUGUAAACAAACUUCAGGGGCUCCUUUGCUGAGCUCAAUCAAUCACAUGUAGCAGAGCAAAACCACUCAGGUCAGAGAGAAAUGAGAAAUAUCUUCGAUUUUCCAGUCAGGGUGUGAUGUUUUUGUUGUUUAACAUUUUAUGAAUGUUAAAAUGUGACAUGUACUAUACGUAAACAUUCUGCUGUGAUGAUUCUGACCCUGUAUGAACUGCUGCUCUUUCCCCACUGACGUGUUUGACGUGAUUGUAAACUAUAACUUUACUUUGUUUAUGUUUUAAUGUCCCUCAAACUGUUGAGAUGCACAAAUAAUAUCCUGAAACGGGAUAGUUCAGGGGUUUUUUCUUGUCAAAAAUAUUGACCAGUGUUUGUCAAACAUGGAUAUGAUAAUGUUCUCAAACGUCUUGGUUUGUCCACAAACGAAAAUUAUUCUGUUUUUAAUGACUUCUUUGGUAUAUGGAUCAAAGAAACCAGAAAAUAUUCAUAUUUAAUAAUAAUAAAAAACCUCAAAUCGAUUAUCAAAAUAGUUGAGUCAAUUAAUUUAGUAAUCGAUUAAUAAUCGUUUCAGCCCUAGUCAUCGCAUCAGUGCUGUUUUUCGCAAAAGUUGAACAAUUUCAACUCGAGCGUCAGGCGCUUGAUAGACGCAACGUAAUGUAAAGUUGUUGCGCAACAAAUUUUGUAUCGGGUCUGGUGUGAACACAGCAUAAAUCGUGCUACUUUUGUAGAAAAAGGCCAUCUAAAGGUGUUUAGCACGGGCGACAGCAUCUUUAUUUGGUGGAAAUUUAAUUGAGGCUUUUAUUAGGUGGCUAAAAUCUGUCCCUAUUGUUCCACAUGCAGGGGGCGCUGUGCCAGUACACAACCAAAAGCAAAAAAAAACUGAACUAUCACUUUAAAUACUGAAUGUAAAAAAACCAUAGAUGCUUUUAAACUGAGGUUGUUUUACAGGUGGUGUAGAACUUCAUGGUUCCUGGGUCCAGACCUCUGACAGAUUAUUAAAAAAACCUUUAAAGAAAAAUCCCUUAUUAGUUCACCUGGACACACACAUGUUUUUAUUUUAUCUUGUGUUUAUGUUGUGCUUUGUUCUGGGCUGUAUUCACUAUGUAAACUGUGUAUUUUCUGACAUAUAUUUAUUCAGGUUUUAGCUCAACACUGAAGUAAGAAAGAACAUAUGACGACAUAUCAGAUGAUUAAAGUAGCCGCUGUCACAUCGCUGAGUGAUUUAAAUCGUGUUAAUAUAUUAUUUUUUAUUUUUAAAUCCCUUUAAUGACAGUUAAUAUAUUGGGUUACAUGAAGAGUGGACUUGAUUUUGUGUUUUUAUCAUGUUUUGUUUCAUACCUACUGUACCUACUGCUGUAAACACAGGAAACGUGUAAUAAAUGAACCGCUGUGCUGUUUA